GGUGGCGGGCUUUGCGAGGUGCCCAGGAACCCCUGUCGCAUGAGCUGCAGGAACAACGGGCACCUGGACAUGAGCAGCUGCCAGUGUGUCUGUCCCCCCGGCUACACGGGCAGGUACUGCCAAGUGAGGUGCAGCGGGCAGUGCCUCCACGGGAAGUUCAGGAAGGAGGAGUGUUCCUGCCUUUGCGAUGUGGGCUAUGGCGGCGCCGAGUGCGGCAUGAAGAUUCGAUUCCCUUUCCAUGCCUGCGAUGUGCAGAUAGAUGGUAACUGCUUCAUGGUGUCCCCCGAGGCCGACACCUACUAUGGGGCCAAAAUAAAGUGCCAGGAAAAAGGGGCAAUGCUAGCCCAGAUCAGAACCCAGAAGGUCCAGGACAUCUUGGCUUUCUACCUCAGCCGCUUGGAGAUGGGUAACAGGGUGACAGACACCGAUUUUGAGACUGGGAACUUCUGGAUCGGUCUCACCUACAAGACGUCCAAGGCUUCCUUCCGCUGGGAUGUGGGUGAGCCAUCCUCCUUCACCAGCUUCGCUUUCGGGCAGCCGGACAACCAGGGGUUUGGGAACUGCGUGGAGAUGCAAGCAUCGGCUGCCUUCAACUGGAACGACCAGCGGUGCAAGACCAGAAACCGGUACAUCUGCCAGUUUGCCCAGGAGCACAUCUCCCUCUGGCAGCGUGACCACUGA